UAUACACGAAGCAAGCCCAGUGCAGAAAUUUUUAGCAUGUCGAGACAAAACGCACAAAUUCAGGAUAACUAUAAACACUGUCAAAGCCGAGCAGCAGCAGCAGGAGGAGGAGGAGGACGAGAAGCAAAACAUAAAAAAACGAAACAAGGGAAAAACCAGCCCGCCUGCCUACCAGAGGCAAAGAGAGAGGUAGCGUGAAAAAGGAAACGAGGAAGGAAGCUCUUUCAAAGUUCAAAUUUCAAUUUUCAGGCCAUUGCUGGUGUCAAUAAUCAUUGCUGUCUUUUCUCGAUUGUCAAAUUUAAUCAUCACCCUGUCUUUUUGGUUUCAGUAUAGUAAUAAAUUGAUUCUUAAGCCGAGAGAGAGAGAGAGAGAGAGGAGGGGGGCGCGGAGUUAGGGUUUUAUAAUAGGUAGACAAAUUGAAGAUUGCCUCGCAAGAAGAAGAUGACGGAGGUGAUCCUCCACAUAUAUGACGUGACGAAUAGCGGAUCAGAUAAGACUAAUAACACCAUUGUUCAGAUCAACAAGAUCUUCAAAGACGGCAUCGGUCUCGGUGGUAUUUUCCACAGCGCCGUCCAGAUUUAUGGAGAUGAAGAGUGGUCAUUUGGUUUCUGUGAACAAGGCACUGGAGUUUUUAGUUGUCCUGCUGCAAAAAAUCCAAUGUAUACAUACCGUGAACCAAUUAUCCUUGGGACUACUAACUCUUCAAUCUUCAAGGUUAAUCAGAUCCUGAGGGAACUUAGUAGAGAGUGGCCAGGACACUCGUACGAUUUGUUAUCAAAGAAUUGCAAUCAUUUCUGUGAUGAAUUAUGCGAAAGGCUUGGGGUGCCAAAGCUGCCCGGGUGGGUGAACAGAUUUGCCCAUGCUGGUGAUGCAGCUGUGGAAAUAGCAGGAACAACAGCAUUAAAGUUUAGACAAGCGAAAACUGAGAUAGUAACAGCUAGCAAAGUGGCAUAUCGAUUUCUUUUGGGUGUUGCUUCCAAUAGUCCGGACUCUGCUGCAAAUUCUGCCAGAGGAACUCCAUCCAGAUUCCAAGGUACUUGGUUCAAGAAUCUUGUUUCUCCUGGGGCAAAACCAUCAAGUAGUUCUGAUGUCGAAAAUCUGGACGAGGACACAACUCCGCUGCAGCGGCAACAAGAUGCAGAAGCACCUCUUAGGCUGAACUCUCGGCAUGAUUUAUAGGAGUCACUCUCCCCAACAUUGUUGUGUGUAUUAAAGCUCAUGUGAAACAAUCUAGCGAAUUACUUGUUCCUUUAUUCUAUGAUUACAGUUGCUUCAAAAUUUGUGAAUUUGUUUACACCAACUUGACUGAAAGUCACAUUAAGAAGCUAGUACGCCAACAACCAAAUUUCUCUUCGAUGUGAGCAAGACUGAGAUGUAUGAAACAUUUUACUGGUUGGUUAGAGCUCCAAUUAAGCUUCGGUAUUAACUGUUCUGAAGAGAUUCAA